UCGGGAAAAUGGGGGCGAUUUCUCUGUACAGAGGGAACCUCCACAGAGUUCCCGACGUGCCUCGUCGAUGGCUUAUGCCAACCCCUAAAAUCUCCCUCGGAGUGUUCAAAUCCCUCCUUCAGCGUCGCUCCAAAGCCCUCUCUCGCCUCCAUUCUUCCACUACCACUGCUAACGCCAACCCCAACCCCAACCCCAACCCCAUCUCCGAACAGAAGCAACAGAGCGAAUGCCUGAAAGAGAAUGAGUCUUCUAUUGAGCCUAAACUGGAAGCAAAAAGUCCCUGUUAUUGUGGAGAAGGGCCUUCUGGUGAGGAAAAACACCAGAAAGACCAGAAAGAAUCAGACGGCGGUGGCGAUUUCCCUGUGAAAGUUGAUGCAGCUGAUGCGUUGCCUGAGAAAGGCUCCGGUGCGGUUGAUGGUGGUGCCAAUGAGAAAGCCUUGCCUGUCCAAACAAAACUGGCUGACCUUGCAACCCCAAAUUUGGAGGUAACCAACAAAGUAGAUUUGUUAAAUGGCAGAGAAAAGAGGAAACGGGAAGUCGAGGAUAAGUUACAAAGUCUGAAUGCAAAGAAACAUAAUCUUGUACAAGCGCUGAAGCAGAUCUUGAAUGCAGAGGAGGAAUUAAAGAGGCGAAAUAGCAUGCAAGGAAUGACAAUUCGCCCGUCCGUUCCACUUCAAGUGGAUGCUGCAAAUGACACUGGGUCAUUGACUAGGCAGCCCACUCCUAGGACGGGCUCGGAGACCAAUCUUGGUGGAGAUAUGGAAGGGGGAGAAGCUGAUGAUCCUUUAAACCAUAACACUCAUCCUCGCCAUACAUUUCGGAUGAGUAGUAUGUCACCAUCUUCAGAGUCUCCUCUUAGAAGGCCUGCCUCUAAUCAACACAACAUGGUUUCACACCCCUCACGACCAAGUUUUGGGGUAACUGGUAGUCCAUCACGCUUUGCUCCCACAGGGCACCCGGGGAACCCUGCAAACCUGCCCACAUUAUCUGUAUCAGGAACAAAUUACAUGGCAUCCUCUCCUUCUCCUGCUGCUUCUGGUGGUACCUCCACUUUUAGAGAUGCUCGGCUGCCAAGUCCGUGGAAUUAGAAGGUAUCCCAUCAACAUACUUCAUGUGACGUCAAGCUCUGUUUUCAGCUCCCCCUUGGAUACAAAAUCUUCUGAUCGAGCUGAGCUACCAUGUCAAGUUCUGAUCGGUCAAGCACCUCUUUGUUUUGAUUGCCACGAGGCCCUGUUACAGCCUCUCUUCAGGAAUCCAGGGUUUAUUGCUAUGGUAUGGAGGGAAAAUCAGACAGUUAUGUUUUAUAACAUCCAUGCUGAAUCAGAGCAACAAUGUAUUAUUCUUGCCCAUCCCUGAUAACUAGAAACUCCUCACAGGUUCAACAUGUACAAAAGAAAGAUUUUAAAGAGUUGAACAAACGAGGCUGAGGUUAUUUUCUCUCUAUUCUUUUAUUGUUGUAUUCAGAUUUUAUGAUGUUGUCUACCGUUUAACGAUAGUGGUCGAAAUAGAUGUGCUCCUCAAGUAGUCUUACCUCUUUA